CCCAAUAUCACAAGACUGACACAAGAACAACAAACAAGUGAGAGCAUUGUACUGGCAGAAAGAGAAGAAGUGGAACUUUUGAGACAGGAUCUUAACAAGAAAGAGGAGGAAGUUGAAGCUGUCAUGAAUAGCAUUACUGGAGAAAGAGAACAACUCAGUCAGAUGAAGAUGGACAUCGAGAAGGAGAAAGAAAUACUUCUCAUUGAGAAAAAAGGAUGGAAGCAGUUGUUUGUGUUGGAAAAACAAGAACUUGAAAACUUGAAGGCAGCACUGAAACAAGACAGAGAGGAUCUUGAUCAAAUGAAUGAUAUGUUGAAGAAAGAGAAGCUGGAUUUGGAGCAGAUGAGGUCUGAUAUCCAGAAGCAGAUUAAUAAAUUAGAACAAGAUAAAGAUGAAGAACAACAACUGAAGGAACCCAAGAUCACAAGACUGACACAAGAACAACUAACCAGUGAGACCAUUGUACUAACAGAAAGAGAAGAAGUGGAACUUUUGAAGAAGGAUCUCAACAAGAAAAAGGAAGAAGUUGAAAUUGCCAUGAACAGCAUCAGGGGAGAGAGAGAACAACUCAGUCAGAUGAAUAUUGGCAUUGAGAGACAGAAAAACAUACUUUUCAAUGAGAAAGAAGAUUGGAAAAGAACAUUUGAGAUUGAAAAACAACACCUUGAAAACUUGAAGGCAGCGCUGAUUCAAGACAGAGAGGAUCUGGAUAGAAUGAAUGAGAUGAUGAGAAAAGAGAAGCUGGACUUGGAGCUGAUGAGGUCUGAUAUUCCAAAGGAGAUUAGGACAUUAGAACAAGAUAAAGAUGAUGAAGUACAAUUAAAGGAACCCAGGACCACAAGACUGACACAAGAACAACUAACCAGUGAGAGCAUUGUACUGGCAGAAAGAGAAGAAGUGGAACUUUUGAAGAAAGAUCUCAACAAGAAAAAGGAAGAAGUUGAAAUUGCCAUGAACAGCAUCAGGGGAGAGCGAGAACAACUCAGUCAGAUGAAUAUGGGCAUUGAGAGACAGAAAGAACUACUUUUCAAUGAGAAAGAAGAAUGGAAGAGAACAUUUGGGAUGGAAAAACAACACCUUGAAAACUUGAAGGCAGCGCUGAUUCAAGACAGAGAGGAUCUGGAUAGAAUGAAUGAGAUGAUGAGAAAAGAGAAGCUGGACUUGGAGCUGAUGAGGUCUGAUAUUCCAAAGGAGAUUAGGACAUUAGAACAAGAUGAACAGGAAGAAACAGAACUGAAGGAACCCAAGAUCACAAGACUGAUGCAAAAAAAGCAAACAAGUGAGAGCAUUGCACUGGAAGAAAGAGAAGAAGUGGAACUUUUGAGAAAGGAUCUCAACAAAACGAAGGAAGAAGUUGAAGCUGCCAUGAACAUCAUCAGUGGAGAGAGAGAACAACUCAGUCAAAUGAAAAUGGGCAUUGAAAAAGAGAAAGAGAAACUUUUCUAUGAGAAAGAAGAAUGGAAGCAAACGUUUGAGAUGGAAAAACAAGACCUUGAAAACUUGAAGUCAGAGCUGAAACAAGAGAGAGAAGAUCUAGGUAAGGUGAAUGAGAUGAUGAAAAAAGAGAAACUGGACUUGGAGUUGAUGAGUUCUGGCAUCCAGAAGCAGAUCAGUACAUUAGAGCAAGAUAAACAAGAAGAAGUAGAACUGAAGGAACCCAUGAUCACAAGACUGAUACAAGAACAGAAAACCAGUGAGACUAUUGCACUACCAGAAAGAGAAGAACUUGAACUUGUGAGAAAGGAUCUCACCAAGAAAGAGGAGGAAGUUGAAGCUGUCAUGAACAGCAUCACUGGAGAGAGAGAACAACUCAGUCAGAUGAAGAUGGACAUCGAGAAAGAGAAAGAAAUACUUCUCAAUGAGAAAAAAGGAUGGAAGCAAAUGUUUGUGAUGGAAAAACAAGAACUUGAAAGCUUGAAGGCAGCACUGAAACAAGACAGAGAGGCUCUAGAGCAAAUGAAUGAGAUGUUGAAGAAAGAGAAGCUGGGAUUGGAGCUGAUGAGAUCUGAUAUCCAGAAGCAGAUUAAUAAAUUAGAACAAGAUGGAGAUGAUGAAGUACAAUUAAAGGAACCCAAGACCACAAGACUGACAAAAGAACAGCAAACCAGUGAGAGCAUUGUACUGGAAGAAAGAGAAGAAGUGGAACUUUUGAAGAAUGAUCUCCACAAGAAAACGGAAGAAGUUGAAAUUGCCAUGAACAGCAUCAGGGGAGAGAGAGAACAACUCAGUCAAAUGAAAAUGGGCAUUGACAGAGAAAAUGAAAUACUUAUCAAUGAGAAAGAAGGAUGGAAGAAAACAUUUGAGAUGGAAAAACAAGAUCUUGAAAACUUGAAAGAUCAGAUGACACAAGAGAAAGAGGAUCUGGAUAGAUUCAAUGAGAAGAUGAAGAAAGAGAAACUGGACUUGGAGUUGAUGAGGUCUGACAUCCUCAAACAAACUGACUUAUUACAACGAGAUAAAGCAGAUAUCAAAAACCAAAAAGACAAGUUAGAAAUGACAAAGGCUGCGCUUCAAAAGAAGAAAGAAUAUGCUGACAGUCUGUUUGAUGAGAUAAACAGAGAGAAAUCCAACAUUAAAGAUCUGACCCUUCAGGUUCAGACAGCAAGAGACCAACUGGAAAACGUCAUGAACAUUAUUAAAGAGAAGAACUUGAACUUUUGA